CCGCCCGGUCACCCACCCAUGCCCCUACCAUCCUGGGGCUGCGGAUCGCACUUCCAGUCCCCCCUUUCCCGGCCGUUUUCGGAGAUGGCCGGGGGGUCGGGCGGCGCGGGGGCGCAGCGUCGGCGGCCGGGAUAGAAAAGGAAAGAGCUGAGGAAGGCGCCGAGAGGGGAAUCCAUCCAACUGGGGAGCGAUGGAGCCGGGGCCGCCGGACGCCUGGGACCCGUACCGCCGGCCGGCGCGCCGGACGCAGUGGCUGGUGAGCGCGCUGGCGCACCACUACCGCCUAGACCGCGGCGUGGAGAACGAGAUCGUGGUGCUGGCUACCGGACUGGACCAGUACCUGCAGGAAGUCUUCCACCACUUGGACUGCCGCGGCGACGGCCGGCUGCCCGGGGAGGACUUCCGCGUGCUGUGCAGGGUGUUGGGGCUCCGGGCCGGAGCCGGCGGCGGAGCGGGGAAGGUGGAGGGGGACGCGGAGGAGGAGCAGGAAAGGGGGAAGGAAGAAGAAGAAGAAGAGCGCGCGGCGCUGGGGGACGAUCUGGCGCCGGAGCUCACCUUUCGCCAAUUCCACGCCCGGCUCUGCGGCUACUUCAGCACUCGAGCCGGGCCGGGGGACAGUCGGCUGCCUGUGGGGCCCGAAAGCGAACACAUCGAGACCCAGAUCCGGCUGCGGAGCCCCCUGCGCCGUCGCCGGGACCGGCCCGGACCCGCCGCCUCCGCCGCCCCCCAAGCGGAGGACAGGGUGGCAAAGCUGGAGGAGGAGAACGCCAGCCUGCGGGAGUUGGUGGAGGACAUGCGGGCCGCCCUGCAGAGUAGCGAUGCCCGCUGUCUGGCCCUUCAGGUAGGACUGUGGAAGAGUCAUGCCAGUCACAAGAAGGAUGGCAGCUGCUUUCUUGGGAACGGGACGCCAUUAAGUCACGAUAAGCCUCAGACCACCAAGGGCUUGCAGAGCAUCCUAAAGGAAGUGGAACUAAUCCGUAGCUCCAGAGAUGAGCAGAUUGAAGAGGCGAUUAGGAUCAAUCAGGAACUGGAAAAGGAGCUGAAGCAGACCCAAGAAGCCCUGGCCACCUCCGAGGACCAUAACCGCCUCCUCAAAAGGGAGCAGGCAGAGAUGAGGAAGAAGGUGGAGGAAGCCAGGCAGACUGUGUUGAACAGCCUGGGGAAGGUAAAAAAGCUGGAAGCAAGAGCAAAUAAAGUGCCACAUCUACAGAUCUGCAUCCAGCAGCUGGAAUCAGAGGUGCAGUAUUACAGAACUGAAACAGAGGUCAAAGGAAGGCAGCAGGUAUGGCAGGAGUGGCAGCCACAGAGAACUGUACCAGAGAAAAGUCACAGGUCAGAGAUCAUGAGGCUUCCACUUCCUUUGAAAAAUGUCAGUGACCAGAAAGAAAGAGCGGAAUCACAUGACAGAAGAGACUGCUCAUCCAAGAAACCAAAUCAAGACUUACCUAUGGAAGGGGCAGGGAUUGCAGACAAUGUGGAAGAUCAGAUGUUCCGCUCAGUGGAAGGGCAGGCAGCCUCGGAUGAAGAGGAAGAGAAGUGGACAGGAGAGCAGCAGUUACAAGUGGCUGAAAUGAAGAAGCUGCUGACCCGACUUUCCUGCUGUGGUAGUGGAUGUGAUGACAAAACAGCAAAGAAACUCAUGACUUAUUUUGGCAACUUCAGCAGUAAUGAGCAUGAGAAUGCCAUCGUAGAACUGAUGGAAAAGAUUACCAAACUCACCAAACAACUAGAAUGGAAAGGUCAUGAAGCAAAGAAACUGGAAACCAACAUGGAAGAGACUUCACUGCUGGGUCAACUGCAGCACAAAGUAGAGGAAGCAGAGCUGCUGAAGAUGGAGCUACAGAUGUUGGAAACAGAGAGAGUUAGGCUGUCACUGGUGGAAGAAAAGCUUAUGGAUGUUUUACAGCUUCUCCAACAGCUUCAGGAUUUGAACAUAUCCAAAAGAGCCCUGGGGAAAAUGUUGCUGAGCACCUUGGAAUCCUGUCGGGACCCCCAGCAUGGGAAGGCCCACAUUUUUGAGGUUCUUGACACCCUCUACCAUGAACUAGCUGGCUGUGAGCUCUUGGGAAGCAAGCCCUUAGAGAAGGCACAGAGUCACCAAUCCUUGACUAAUCAACUGGUCAUCUCUUGUUGAGCAAUACUGCCCUCUACAGCUUUCUCUGUUAGCGUGAUCGUGCUCCAAGACGCUGGCCCACAGACACAGGGAUGGAGUUGCUGCAUUCAGAAGAGUUCAACACAAAUGGGGCACGCUGUUAAGAUCAUUCAUCCAUGAAAUUGCUAGGUGGGCUGCUUUGGCAAAGCCCCCUCUGCAGAGCCGCUGACAGUAUCAGAGGCUUUCCCUUUUCCACCAGGAGGGGCAUGCCUGAAGGAUUUCAUCAGGACACCCAGCUCCCAAUAAGCAGAUCCAGCAGCCUGUUGUGACUAUCUAUCUGCAUAGACUACCUCUGAGAAAAGAAAGUCUUUCUGUGGACAGCAGA